AUGAAAGUAUUUGAAUGCCAAAUGGACGGAAUGCGGUGUCUUGUUGCUGUGGAUCGUAAGUACUUGAAAAUAUCGACAAAAGCAGAACUGCUCGGACUCGAUGAAAUCCUCUCAAUUGAUGUGGGGCACUUAGAGAUCUCAAUUACACUGAACAGUAAAAACACACAUAAAUUAACCCAUCUUGACGAAGAUAAUUUUAAAAUGGUACAAGAGAUAGUUAAAAGCCGUAGAAUGAUAAAUAAUGAUGAAAUAUCUGAUGCUAUUAAGAAAAACAUUCAGCUGCAAAAUACGUAUAAGAAUAUUAAUGAAAAAGAGCACAAAAUAUUCUACAGGAUAUUUGGAGAAAUGCUUUUAAAAAAUGUGAAAAGCCAAGGAAUUUCUCAGAUUGAGCAGCGGUCAAGCAGUGAGAAAGCUAAAUUUCUUAUGUCAAACAGAAUCGUGAUGAAUGCAUUUUUUAACUUAAACAUCACAUUCAGACUAUUUGUAAACCACUUUUAUAAUGGGUAUCUUAUGACGAGUGCAUCUGAGAAUGAGGUCGAUGUAGAAAUAUUCCGGAUUUUGAAUAGGCCAAUUAGUCUGAUUGAGAGAGUUAAUGUUCGAUCCAUGCUUCUUCUGGACACUCCUCCAGAGAAAAAGGAAUUAGUUAAGGAAAAGCCAAAGCCUGCAAAAAAAGAUCAUCUUAUAAACCCUGACUUAGUAAAGCUAUUGAGUGAAACCACGCCCUCACUGCACACAGAAAAUAAUUUACAGAAAAUCGAUCCAAUUGUCCUAACUCUUCCAAAAUUUACUGUUUCUACAAUCGCACCAAUGAAGAGAGUGGGGGUCCCCGCAGACAUUCUUCGCAGAAUGAAAGAGAUUUCCAAGCUUAUAUACAAAAACAAGUCGGCAUCUGAUGAUUUAGAAGAAGUAAGUAACAAUCUGCAGCAGUUUUUAAAGGAUGAAAUUAGACGCAAACUUCCUAUUGAUGAAGGAAAUGCGGUAAUUGCUGCAAUUGGUCGAAUUAUUCCAUCGCGAUUUCUUAACCAUGUAAAGAACCAAUCAAGCAAAUGAAUAAAUUAAACAUUUUAUGGC